AUGGCCCAGUUCUACGCGGAGCUACGGCACCAGACCUGGCGCUUGGCCUUGGAGCGACUGGAGCCGUUUACGCCGUCGCCCGGGCCAACGGAGGCUUCGGCGUGGUCUUCCUGGCUGCGCGAGUGCGCGGACGCGGUCUGCAGCUGCAACGACCUUCCGGAGGUCUAUGAGAUCUGCGCGUGCCCUCUUUUGCCCUUCUCCACGGGCCAGCUGGGACGGACUUUGCGCCUGGGGCGGGUACUGUGGUGCGUGGCGGCCGCGGGCAAUGUGAAUGCCGCUGCGGACUUCUAUGCGCACACAGGCGGCAGUGCCGCGCUCAUCGCCCACGGCAUGGCGGUCACGCCCGGGCGCACGGCGCGGGCGCUGCUGUGGACCUGGGAGGCGCAGCGGGACUGGGCGGCCGCCGCCGCCCGGAACCUCCAGGCCGCAGGAGCAGACUCUGUGCUCGUAACGCCUCCCGCGUGGGAGGGCCCAGCUGCCCAGCAAGCUUUGCUGAACGAGGCGAGAUCCGGUGAUCCGCACGCAGCGGUCCGUGCCGUGGUUGUGGCCGAGGCGCCUGCCUUCCCUCAUGCCAUGGACCGAGGAGACGGCCAGGCCCACGGCUUGCUCCUGCAAGCUCCUUGCCUGGAUGGCGGCAUCCAGUUUCUCUUCAUCGACCCCCUGGAGGCCUUCGUGCCGGAAUUCUCGGCCCUGUUUCAGUCCGCGCCUUGCUCGUUCGGGACCCGGCCUGCUAGCGUCGCCUUCAGGUCUUGCCCCGGGCUGAAGUGGAUCGCGGCCAGGGGUGGCGCCGGGUGCUGCGAGGAUCCCACGUUUGGCGCCCGGUGGACCUGGGGAUCCGCCGUGUGCCCAGGCGACGCGAGUGGCAACUGUGGGCACGACACGACGCUCUGCAGCGCGGCCCCCCCGAGCUCUCAGAUCUGCUACGGGCAGCCGAAGCCACCUGGGGACGGGAUCAAAAGCGCCCGCGGAACCGGGGACAAGGCCGCUCGGGCUGUCGAGGCAGUGGUGAAUGAACCUCUGAAGGGCGACGCUACGCCGUCAGAGACUGCACGGCUGAUGGAGGAAGGCGACAAGAAGGCUCCCCCCGUGCUUGUGCAAGCCUCGCAGCCUUUGCUAUCAACGUCGGGGAACAAGGAGACUCAGAAGAUCAUUGACGAGAUCACCAAGGGCGAGGACUUCGAGACCAACAGAUUGCGAUGCUUGGAUCAUCCUGAGCAAGCCUAUUACAGCCUCAGCGCAUUUGCCCACUUGGAGAUUGAGAUGAUUGAAGCGCGAAACCUGAUCCCCUCGGUGACCAGCAGCUUUGAGGCCUACGUAGGUGACGAGCCUGACGGUUUUGUGAAAGUCUUUGUGGAUGACUGCUUCAAGUACUCUACGGCAACCAUCAACAACGACCGCAACCCACGCUGGCAGGACAAGCAAAAGUUCGACAUCGUGGCGGAUUUGAGCAUUGUCAGGCUGCAUGUCUAUGACUCCGAUUCCACCGACAACUCUUCGCUGAUUGACCCCAUCGGCUUUGUGGAAUUUCGCGUCGCAGAUAUCCCCUUUGACGAGGAGAUCGAGGGAUGGCUGGAGCUGCGCUUCCCCGGGAACCUGCAGGGUGUGAACUCGGACCGCUACUACGAGCACAUGAACCGCCGCGAGGAAGAGAUGGAAGUGCCCAUGUCGACCAAGCCAAACAAUCAGCCAAAGAACCAACCGGAAGGCACCGGCUCUGAAGCCUUGGAGAAGGACGUGACUGUGGUGGAAGCUGCAAAGAUCAAGACGUCCUUUGCGAGCCGCAUGUUCAAGCGCAUCAAGGCCACAGGGGGUUCCUUGGUGGGUGCCCAGAAGGGCGAGGAGCCGCCCAGCGACACGCAGUUCAACGCCGGUGAGAUUCAUGUGAAGCUGAAGCUGACGCGGCUCGUAAGUCCGAAUUCCGCUCUCUUCGCAAAAGCGCUGGUGCCAUCCUAUAUGACCUUCGCAACAUUCAUCCAGGAGGAAUUUUUGCCGAAGCUGGAUGUUCAGGAAUUGCUGGAUGACGCCAUGGACAUCAAAAUCGAGAUUGUUGACGAGAUGCUGAUGGCUGUGUUGGCCUUCAUCGGCUAUGUGCUGGCAUGGCGGUCCGUCCUGAUUUCGGGGCUGCUGUUUACAAGUGUCGUGUCUGGGGCAAAGAAUAUCAUGUUCAGCAACUUCUUGUGGUACCUUUGGGUGGCCUUGGUUCUGUUCCUGACGCGCUUUGAAUCCUGGCGAGCUCCAAUGUCCACCAACGGCAACAACGCGCGCUUGAACGAUGAUGGCUUGAAGCUCAUCGCGCGAACACAAUCCGUUACGGAGAUGAACAACUUCUUGAUCCGCAUGGUCACGUCACAGAUGGGCACCAUCAAUAGCCUACAGGACCUUGUGCACUUCGCCGGGACAAUUGUGCAGGGCGAUGGUGAAGUGACCGUGACCUAUGACAAAAUAAUGAAGGCACUGCACGAUCUUUGGUUCCUGGACUUCCCAGCAGGCGGAGCUCCCAUCGUCAACGACUCCCUGGUGCGAGUCAACGAUCGACGCCGAGGAACGGUGGCCAAAAUCAAAGAGCCCGCUCCGAACCGGACCAAGAAGGUGGUGGUGGAGUUUGACGAGCCCGACUAUCUCCAGCCUGGCGUGAUGAGCGGAGAGUAUGAAGCCUGGGAUGUGCAGAUCCGGCCCUCGGUGCCGAAUAUUCCACGCAUGUUCGUGCCGAAGGACAUCCAGGGCUUGGUGGCGAGCCUCCAGUUCGAGGUGGACAACGUCAAGAAGAGCGUCCUGCCUGCAGCAGAAUCUCUUCGAGCUUUCUUUGGAUGGCAGCGUCCCAUGUGGAUGUACCUGCUGAUCCUCAUCCUUCUUUUCCGAAGCUACCUCUCCUUGGAAGGGUUUCUGGAGGAAGACAGCUGGUGCCACUUCGCCAUCACAGUCUUCACAAUGAUUCGCAACGGCAUCGCUGGCCUCCUGGUCAUUGCGGUCUUGGUGGGUCAAGCGCGAAUUUGGGGUAUCCUGCGGGGAAUGGCGCUGAUGGCAUAUGGCAAGUGCUUUGACCAGCGGCAGGCACCAAAGAUCUGGAAGUUUUACAAGGGCAAAGAUGAGCCGUACCGCGUUCAGAAGCAGAAAACCGAGUGA